GGAAGAGAUGGAAGUGCAGAAUAUUCCCCUUGAGGAAGGGAAGAAGCAAUUUGAAGUUGUUGAUAAGGGUGAUGUUGUUAUUUUGCCUGCUUUUGGAGCUGCAGUGGAUGAGAUGUUGACUUUGAGUGACAAAAAUGUACAAAUUGUUGAUACAACUUGCCCAUGGGUGUCUAAGGUCUGGAAUACUGUUGAGAAGCACAAGAAAGGAGAUUACACCUCAAUCAUUCAUGGUAAAUAUGCUCAUGAGGAAACAGUAGCAACUGCAUCUUUUGCCGGGAAGUAUAUUAUUGUCAAGAAUAUGACAGAGGCAAUGUAUGUGUGUGACUACAUUCUUGGGGGUGAACUUAAUGGAUCUAGCUCAACCAAAGAGGAAUUUCUAAAGAAAUUUAAAUAUGCAGUUUCAAAGGAGUUUGAUCCAGAUAGUGACCUGGUAAAGCUUGGCAUUGCAAAUCAGACAACAAUGCUCAAGGGAGAAACAGAAGAGAUUGGUAAAUUAGUAGAAAGGACAAUGAUGUGCAAGUAUGGAGUGGAAAAUGUUAAUGAGCACUUCUUAAGCUUCAAUACCAUUUGUGAUGCUACUCAAGAGCGCCAAGAUGCAAUGUACAAGCUGGUAGAGGAAAAGUUAGAUCUAAUGUUGGUGAUUGGUGGGUGGAACUCAAGCAACACCUCGCACCUACAAGAGAUUGCAGAAGAACGUGGAAUCCCCUCAUACUGGAUUGAAAGUGAGAAUAGAAUAAGUCCUGGCAACAAAAUUGCAUAUAAGCUGAAUGUGAGUACGAAUGCAUAGAGUUCCAAUGUUUCAAUUGAUAUUAAAUUUCAAAUAUUUUUCCCAUUUUCUUUCUCUCCACCCCUCCUUUUCUCUAAACACUUGUCUUUGAAUUGUUUCAAUGUGACUUUGCAAUAGAAUGGGGAGUUGGUUGAAAAAGAAAACUUUAAACCAGAGGUUCCCAUAACAGUUGGUGUAACAUCUGGUGCCUCUACUCCCGAUAA